UUGUAGAAAUAGGCGGUGUUUAUGACUUUGUUACUGUGGUAACUAGUGACGACGACUUUCUGGACAUAAUUUCAUUUCCGCUUCCGAAUUAAUUUACCAAAUUUGCAGGACCUCGCAUAUGCUUCAACCAAUCACAGAUCAGCAUGUGUUAUAUUUUACUUCCGUGAUCAGGGACUUGUCAAGCUCUGAUUGGUUUACAUCAGCACUAACGUUUGAAAGUGCCUUGUCCUCGAGUUUUACAUCCUCUCACUCAUGUCCAUAGAGACAGAACAAUGGUAUUAAUUUACGCUCUACGCGGCUUUAUCAAAUCAUUUUUGGUCGUUCUUUUGUGGUCCAAUUGCGAGGGUCGGGAGUCCGAGUUUAACUAUGUCACUUGCGGUUCGCUCGUGAAAUUGCUGAACACGAGACACAACGUUCGGCUGCACUCUCAUGAUGUAAAAUACGGCUCAGGUAAGCCAUCAUCAUCAACCACCUUCAUCACUAGAGAACUCCAUCAUCAACCUGCAUCACCAGUUAUUGACGGAAUAGUCUAAUGCUGCGUUCAAAACAACUGGAAACUCGGAAAUCUCAGAAUUCCGACUUCAAGGUUUUCAAGACAACUUGGAAAACGAGCUCUGAUUCUUUUCCGCGUUCCCAGUUGUCUUAAAAGCACUAUACAUGUACAUCUUAGUGAUUUCGUUUAAUAAAGGCACCACAGCAUAACAAAAAGCCUUACAGACAGUCAUGAAUCGGUUGGUCUCCAUUUAUUUGCUGCAUGUCAGGAGGACCGACGUAAACCUAUAAGUAUCACGGCUUUAAAAUGGUUAUAACAAUAAACUAAUUUAUUUGCCUAUAUGACAGUGGACUAGACUGGUCGAGAAUCGAGCUAGCAACAAUGUAUCAAUCUGUGAGUGGAACAUUUGUUCCAACAAUGUAUCAUCACUCGAUAGUGAAAAACAUUUGUAACAACGGAAUAAGCAGGUGUUGACAUUCCAGUGCGGUCUAUUGGAUACAUUUUCCUCCCCUUUUUAACCACUGAUCGAGACAGGAAGUAGAAGCCCUAUUGUAAUUUACAGUAAAAUGUAAACUAAGCUGGUUGCAGAGAGACGUAUCAGUUGCACCCAGAGCAGGUGUACUGUAACCUAACACACAACAAUAGAACCCACAGGAAGUGGGUUUUAGCUGUGACACAUACUAACGUCGCUCUGGAUAAGAGGGUCUGCUAAAUGACGUAAAUGUAAACAUACUGGACUCUAUUACAGGUGGAGCCAGUCAUUUGCAAAACUGACCUUUUUGUUGUGUGUUUUAGUAAUAUGCCAUCAUUCAAAUUAAAGUAUAUUGGUCGCGUACUCAGUUUAGCAGAUAUUAUAGUUGGUGCAGUGAAACGCUUAUGUUACUAGCUCCUAACAAUGCAGUUAAAUGUCAAGCAAGUACACAAACAAUCACACAAAAAAGCAACAAGAAAUCAAGAAAUGUCGGAACUAAUCCCAUUUAACAACCCAAAUAGCACUGUAACAGUAAUUCAAAUGCUAUCUGUACAUAUAUACACCGGAUGAAUUUAUACAACAUAUACUAAGAAUGGUAUGUACAGCAGUAGAUAUACUAAGAAUGGUAUGUACAGCAGUAGAUAUACUAAGAAUGAUAUGUACAGCAGUAGAUAUACCAAGAAUGGUAUGUACAGCAGUAUGUAUACUAAGAAUGAUAUGUACAGCAGUAUAUAUACUAAGAAUAAUAUGUACAGCAGUAUAUAUACAAAGAAUGAUAUGUACAGCAGUAGAUAUACUAAGAAUGAUAUGUACAGCAGUAGAUAUACUAAGAAUGAUAUGUACAGCAGUAGAUAUACUAAGCAUUAUAUGUACAGCAGUAGAUAUACUAAGAAUGAUAUGUACAGCAGUAUAUAUACUAAGAAUGGUAUGUACAGCAGUAUAUAUACUAAGAAUGGUAUGUACAGCAGUAUAUAUACUAAUAAUGAUAUGUACAGCAGUAUAUAUACUAAGAAUGGUAUGUACAGCAGUAGAUAUACUAAUAAUGGUAUUUACAGCAGAAUGAUAUGUACAGCAGUAGAUAUACUAAGAAUGGUAUGUACAGUAGUAGAUAUACUAAGUAUUAUAUGUACAGCAGUAUAUAUACUAAGAAUGAUAUGUACAGAAGUAGAUAUACUAAGAAGGAUAUGUACAGCAGUAGAUAUACUAAGAAUGAUAUGUACAGAAGUAGAUAUACUAAGAAUUAUAUGUACAGCAGUAGAUAUACUAAGAAUGGUAUGUACAGCAGUAGAUAUACUAAGAAUGAUAUGUACAGCAGUAGAUAUACUAAGAAUUGUAUGUACAGCAGUAGAUAUACUAAGAAUGAUAUGUACAGCAGUAUAUAUACACUAAGCAUGAUAUGUACAGAAGUAGAUAUACUAAGAAUUAUAUGUACAGCAGUAUAUAUACUAAUAAUGGUAUGUACAGCAGUAGAUAUACUAAGAAUGAUAUGUACAGCAGUAGAUAUACUAAGAAUGAUAUGUACAGUAGUAUAUAUACUAAGAAUGAUAUGUACAGAAGUAGAUAUACUAAGAAUGGUAUGUACAGCAGUAGAUAUACUAAGCAUUAUAUGUACAGCAGUAGAUAUACUAAGAAUGAUAUGUACAGCAGUAGAUAUACUAAGAAUGGUAUGUAUCAAAUCAAAUCAAAUCAAAUUUUAUUGGUCACAUGCGCCGAAUACAACCGGUGCAGACAUUACAGUGAAAUGCUUACUUACAGCCCUUAACCAACAGUGCAUUUAUUUUAAACAAAAAAAGUAAGAAUAAAACAACAACAAAAAAAGUGUUGAGAAAAAAAGAGCAGAAGUAAAAUAAAGUGACAGUAGGGAGGCUAUAUAUACAGGGGGGUACCGUUGCAGAGUCAAUGUGCGGGGGCACCGGCUAGUUGAGGUAGUUGAGGUAAUAUGUACAUGUGGGUAGAGUUAAAGUGACUAUGCAUAAAUACUUAACAGAGUAGCAGCAGCGUAAAAAGGAUGGGGUGUGGGGGCAGUGCAAAUAGUCCGGGUAGCCAUGAUUAGCUGUUCAGGAGUCUUAUGGCUUGGGGGUAGAAGCUGUUGAGAAGUCUUUUGGACCUAGACUUGGCACUCCGGUACCGCUUGCCGUGCGGUAGCAGAGAGAACAGUCUAUGACUAGGGUGGCUGGAGUCUUUGACAAUUUUGAGGGCCUUCCUCUGACACCGCCUGGUAUAGAGGUCCUGGAUGGACCUCUAUACCAGUAGAUAUACUAAGCAUUAUAUGUACAGCAGUAGAUAUACUAAGAAUGAUAUGUACAGCAGUAGAUAUACUAAGAAUGAUAUGUACAGCAGUAUAUAUACACUAAUAAUGAUAUGUACAGAAGUAGAUAUACUAAGAAUGAUAUGUACAGUAGUAGAUAUACUAAGAAUGAUAUGUACAGAAGUAGAUAUACUAAGAAUGGUAUGUACAGCAGUAGAUAUACUAAGCAUUAUAUGUACAGCAGUAGAUAUACUAAGAAUGAUAUGUACAGCAGUAGAUAUACUAAGAAUGGUAUGUACAGCAGUAUAUAUACUAAGAAUGAUAUGUACAGCAGUAGAUAUGUUAGUGAGCUAUGUCAAGAAUCCAGUGUAUAAAUCGAGUUUUGAAUUUCUGGUUGAAUUUCUGGUGAGUGACUGCCGAUUUUAAUAUCCCAAAGUAAUUUUCUGCUGUAGGUAAUAAUACUAGAAACGUUAUGAGCAAAUCAUGUAAGAAAUAACACAACAACAAAAUAAAUGUGUAGAGGUGGCUAGGAACCUGAAACAGGACGACCAUGUCCGUCGGUGCCAUCUUGCACAUCAAACCCAAAAUUCUGUGACAUUUUUUGAGGCUAAACCUUGUGCUUGAAACGUUUAAUCACAAGACUGUAGCCUGUAUAUGCAUUUCGUUCACUGACACUCUGGACUCUGAAAUAGGAGAAUGAAGACAAGAUGGAUGUUUGAGGCAAAGCUGUUGACUCCUUUAUAAACUGUAGGUAGUGGGCAGCAGUCUGUGACGGGGGUUGAGAGUGCAGACGAUGCCAACAGUUACUGGAGGAUUCGGGGGAAGCCCAACGGGACCUGCCAACGCGGUGUGCCCAUCCAGUGUGGGCAGGCCAUCCGCAUCACGCACAUGACCACGGGACGCAACCUGCACACACACCACUUCAGCUCGCCGCUGUCCAACAACCAGGUAAGAGAGGCAGUGGGCAUACACACACAAUUUUCUGUCCCACAACCAGGUAACACACACACACACACCACUCUCCUUCAAUGCUGUCCAUCAACCUGACAUUGUCCCAUUCCCUCUCUCCAGGAGGUGAGUGCGUUCGGUGAGAACGGCGAGGGGGAUGACCUGGACGUGUGGAGGGUGCAGUGUGACGGCUCCAUCUGGGAGCGGGACAAGAUGGUGCGCUUCAAACACGUUGGCACCGACGCCUUCCUGAGUGUGACGGGCGAGCAGUACGGCAACCCCAUCCGCGGGCAGAGGGAGGUGCACGGCAUGGGCACUGCCAACCACAACAACUACUGGAAGGCUAUGGAGGGCGUCUUCAUUCAGCCAAGCCAGGAACCGCUGAGACACCCUCAUGAAGAGCUCUGAUGACAUCAUCAAGCUGCUGCGUCACGAUGAGCUCUGACAUCAUGACAAGCUCUGAUGACAUCACAAUGAGCUCUGAUGACCUCAUCAGACAUCAUCACAUAAUGUGCACCUAGGCUACGUCUGAAAUGGAACCCUGUUCCCUAUUAUAUAAUAUAUACCCACAUGACUCUGAUCAAAGGUAGUGCACUAAACAGGGAAUAGGGGGUCAUUUCAGACGCGGUCCUAGUCGACUGCAGGAUGACACUGAUGCAGCUGACUGGGUCAAGAUGACUCCUAUUACUUUGUAAUUACAUUUUUUGUAUACCCAUUACCCAACCAGCACCAACGUUGAUGACUAUUGACUACUGAAUAUAGGCUUACAUUAGGAGCAUCAGGCUCUGUGCAGUCAGUCUCUGGUGACGUGAUCAGACAGGGAGAUGAGAGGUUUGUCUGACGAUGAGAAUCAGUUGACGUUUAGAAUUUGACAUCUCUGAACAAAAUGGAAGUGAAGAAUUUUUGUCUUUGAUUAGUUUGAGGGAGAAUGUUGUCAGGCAGCUGCCCUGCUUGAGUCUGAUAUCAGAGGUAUUAGCACCUGCCUCCAGGGGAACAUCUAAGGGAAACACUGCCAUUUCCAGGUGAAUCUACUGUACCUGUCUACUCCUUAGCGACAGACUGCACACAUCCUGAUGCUAAUAAAAACAAGACAAACCUUGUCCGGAUGUUUCACUUCCAAAGUCUACGCCUCUAGCUGCUGUGCCUUUUACCUAUAAUAAUGAUGUCACAUUUAGACACCACGUAGUGUGCUGUAAGGCCUUUCCCCUGGAACAUGACUCACCUUAUUGCUCCUGCGCUUUUGGGAGUGUUUUCCUAUUGUGUUCAGACUUCUUUUAUGUUUGUAUGUCAGGAAGGGAUAUCGUUUAAUUGUAUAAGGGAAGAAAACAUCGUAUAAGAUGAUUUAAGUUAUUUGAAACAAAACCUUUUUUUUUGGCCUCCAUCUGCAGUUUUUUACUGCGGGACAUCGGGGAGGAUAAUGUUAUACUAAAAUCAUAUAGAACCUCAACUCCAUAUGUUAUGAUGAAACACCUUAGAUUGGGUUAGUUGCUCUUUCAGUGAUAAAUCACAUCCAUAAUGUGUUUCUGUGCCUGUGUCCAAGGGAAUAUUCUCUAGUUGUGCCAAGCAAUAAUACAAUGCAUGUCUGUAGGCUACUGCAUACGUCCACAAUCCAAAUAAACGAGUUAUUAGACAGAAC